GGCGCCGCGGAGCUGCGGCGUUUGCACGCAGGGGCCGGUGGAGCGAGAGGUUCCUCCGGUAACGAGUACUGCUUUGUGGCCAAGAUGUGGCAGUCUGUGUCUGCCCUGUGUGUCCUGGUGACCCUCGUGAGUGCCCGCAGCGUCCCCUACUUUGCUCCCCUCUCGCACGAUUUGGUCAACUACAUCAACAAACUCAACACUACAUGGCAGGCUGGGCACAAUUUCCACAAUACUGACAUGAGUUAUGUGAAGAAACUGUGUGGCACGUUCCUGCAUGGGCCCAAACUGCCAGUGAGGGCAGCGUUUGCUGGAGACGUGAACUUGCCGGACAGCUUUGACUCCCGGGAACAGUGGCCGCAUUGUCCAACCAUUAACGAGAUCAGAGACCAGGGCUCCUGUGGUUCUUGCUGGGCGUUUGGUGCAGUGGAGGCCAUUUCGGACAGAGUCUGUGUGCACACCAGCGGCAAGAUAAACGUGGAAAUCUCGGCGGAAGAUCUGCUGUCUUGUUGUGGCUUCAAGUGUGGGAUGGGGUGUAAUGGCGGCUAUCCUUCUGGAGCUUGGGGAUACUGGACUGAGGAAGGCCUGGUGUCCGGCGGGCUCUAUGACUCCCACAUGGGCUGCAGACCAUACUCCAUCCCUCCAUGCGAGCACCACGUCAAUGGGUCACGACCCUCGUGCACUGGGGAGCAAGGGGACACCCCGAGGUGCGACAGACACUGUGAAGCAGGCUACUCGCCUUCAUAUGAGAGUGACAAACACUUUGGAGCUACGUCUUACAACGUCCCUUCCAGCGAGGAGGAGAUAAAGGCUGAGAUCUACAAGAAUGGCCCAGUAGAGGGAGCAUUUGCCGUGUAUGAAGACUUCCUCAUGUACAAGUCUGGUGUUUACCAGCAUGUCUCCGGAGGAGAGGUUGGUGGCCAUGCUAUCAGAAUCCUUGGCUGGGGUGUAGAAAAUGGCACCCCCUACUGGCUGGCUGCAAACUCCUGGAACACUGACUGGGGUGACAAUGGUUUCUUUAAAAUCCUCCGAGGGCAGGACCACUGCGGAAUCGAAUCGGAGAUAGUGGCUGGCAUCCCCAAAACAGAACUGUACUGGAAGAGGAUCUAACCCCUGGCUUGGGUGCAACUGAAGAGAUCAAACUACAAAUAAUCACGCCUCUGUUUCUUAUAUCCAGGAGCAGGCUGGGCACAGAGCCUGCACUCUUGAGACUAUGGUUGAAGCUACUUAUUAAAGCCUUUUAUCUUGUUUAGUUGUGUGAUGGGGAUGAAGGAGGUGGUUUCUGUAUGGAUGCGCUAGCUGCCUUUUCUACUGGAGCGCUCUGCUCCCAAGCCAGUUUGUGUGGCAUCGCUACACACAAGCAUUCCCUUCUCAAAGGACUGGGCUAGUAGUGACAUAGCUAAUCACUCACCACAAUAGUGGGGUGACUGAGAAACUCUGGCUUUUACCAGCCUAGUUCAGUGAACCCUCUUGUCCAAGCUUGGGUGGAAACACAACAGGAUAGGCCAAAGUACCUGCAUGGUCUGGGUGGCAGGACUGGAUGACCUAGGGGGUCUCUUCCAUCUCUGAGAUGCUGCAGCAGCAGCCUUGCUGGCUGCUGUCCCCAAGUUUGACUUCCGCACUGUCGUGUGCCCAGAGACCUAACGGCUCAGAAGUGGGUAUGUGCAAACCCUUGUCUACGUUGUAAACAUUGCACAUGCACUUCUGAAAGCACGUGCCUAGGUUUAUUUGCUAACCUUGUUUCCUGAGUGGGGGGGAGCCUAUUAAUGACAUGAUACUGAUGGGGGCUGGCUCUGUAUGGAGUAGAACAUGGCUCUUCCACAACUUAAGCUUUUCAUAAAUAUUUCCUCUGCUGUUCUGUUUAGUUUUUUUUUUAAAUAAACCACUCAGCUCCUCAA